AUGGCGGAGCUGGCAAGCUUCGUUGGCGCCUUCCUUGGUGCAGCUUCCUUGGCUGCUAGCGCUGCUCUACCAGUUGCUCAACCCUUUGAACACUUCAAGGCCAAGAGACAGUCUGUCAAUGCCACCAGCAACAGUGAUCUAGAAGUCGAUCUUGGAUACGAGGUCUACGAAGGCUUCACCAACCAGACUACAGGCAUCAACAUCUGGCGCGGUAUUCGGUUCGCUGCACCUCCGCUAGGAGCUCUACGCUUCCAAGCACCUCAAGUUCCGGCAGAGAACCGCAGUCAAGUCAUCCAAGCCAACUCAUUCGCGCCCCAAUGCCCUCAAAGCUCGGUCGCUCCAGGAGGUAAGGGUACACUAUCAACCGAGGACUGUCUGUUCCUCAAUGUCUAUGCUCCGGAGAAUGCAACAAAUCUUCCAGUACUCGUCUGGAUCCACGGUGGUGGUUAUGGACUCGGCAAUGGUCAGCAGGACCUGCAGGCCAUUAUCAACACGAACAACAACUCGUUCAUUGGUGUGGCUAUCCAGUACCGUCUCGGUGCUUUUGGUUUCCUCUCCUCUGAUGAGGUUGACCGCUUUGGUUCCGUCAAUGCUGGUAUUCUGGAUCAGACUUUUGCUCUCAAGUGGGUUCAGGAGUAUAUCUCUUCGUUCGGAGGUGAUCCCCGCUCUGUGACCAUCAGUGGCGAGAGUGCCGGCGGUGGCUCUGUUAUGCUGCAAGCUAUGGCUUAUGGUGGUACUUUGGGCACUUCGCUGUUCAAGAACGCUAUCGCUGCUUCUCCUUACUUGCCUAUGCAGUAUGGGUACAAGGACUGGGUGCCUUCGCAGUCUUACUAUGCUUUUGCUGGGUUGGCGAACUGUAUGCCUAAUACUGCCUAUGGAUCGUCUGCUCGCACUAUCUUCGAAUGUCUGGUUAACCAGGACACCGAGACUCUGCAAUACGCCAGUUUCAAUGUCAGUGCUUCAGGAACUUUCGGUACAUGGGGUUUCUUACCUGUUACGGACGGCGUCUUCAUCCAGGACGUACCCAGCCAACAACUCUUAGAAAAGAAGGUGAAUGGAGAGAACCUACUUGUCGGCAACAACGCCAACGAAGGCCCUCUGUUCGUCCCUCAGACCAUCGACACCGAAGCCGAUCUCGUGGCCUGGUUGGAACUCACCUUCCCUCUAUUCAGCAACGACGAUAUCGCCAGAAUCUUGCGCUACUACCCCAGCUCCAACGCCACAGACUCGCCCUCCGCCCUCGACUUCGCAACAAACGGCCUCACGGGCCCCACCGCAAUCAACGAAUCCACAGUAGCAACAGGCCAACAACAGCGCGCCAACAACAUCUACGCCGAAACCACCUUCGUCUGCCCCUCCUACUGGAUGUCCGAAGCCUACACUGGCGCCAAAUCCUCUUUCCGCUACCAAUACUCGGUGCCAGCAGCCCAACACGGCGCCGACGUAUCAGGAUACUUUGGCCCUGCAGCACCCACCCAAGGACCCUCCUUCGUCGCUGCAUUCAUGAGUAUCUGGGGUCAAUUCGUGGUCAACUCCAACCCUUCAAUUCCUGCCAAUAUUGCUGGAGAGGGUGGGCAAGCUGCAGUGAACUUCCCGAAAUUCAAUGUGUGGAAUCCUGUGCAGGUCAAUUUGAACCAGACUGGAGGGCAGGAACAGUAUGGACCUAUCGGGGUGCAGAGUAUUAAUGCUACUGUUUAUGUGGGACCUGGGUUGGAGAAUGCGUUUGAAGUUGUCGAUGCUUAUGAUUGGGAAGGAGGCAGAGGUCAGAGGUGUGACUUCUGGAGGGCGGUUGCGAAGAUUGUGCCCGAGUAG